UUUACUUUUUGCCUGUGGUAGAGGGGCUGUGGACUCCAGAGGCUGAUAUACAAAAUUCCAUGGAUGCGUAUGUUUGGUCUCCGCCCCCAGCGCCCCAUAGAAGGUUUUCGUUAUAUAUGAAAGAGGAUAGACAUCUGUCUUAGAGUUCUAUUGCUGUGAAGAGACACCCUGACCACAGCAACUCUUAUAAAGGACUAUGUGUAACUGUGACUGACUUAACAGGCUCGGAGGUUUAGUCCAUUAUCUUCAUGGAAGGAAACAUGGUGGCGUGCAAGCAGAUAUGGCGCUGGAGGAGCUGGGAGUUCUAUAUUUCGAUCUGCAGGCAACAGGAGACUUCUUCAGACGCACCGUGGUUGACAGCAGAGGAGAGGGACCAACUUAUUCCUGACUUGAAAGCAGCAGGGUGGUCGGAACUGAGCGAGAGAGAUGCCAUCUACAAAGAGUUCUCCUUCAAAAAUUUUAAUCAGGCGUUUGGCUUUAUGUCCAGGGUUGCCCUGCAAGCAGAGAAGAUGAAUCACCACCCGGAAUGGUUCAACGUGUACAACAAGGUCCAGAUAACCCUCACCUCGCAUGACUGUGGAGGCCUGACCAAGAGGGACGUGAAGCUGGCCCAGUUCAUCGAAAAAGCUGCUGCUUCUCUGUGAUCUCCUUCGGGAUGCAUGCCAUGGUCUAACGCUGCCUUGUCUGCAGUGGUUUCUGAAAGCCAUUUAUGUUAGUAAAUGAAGUCAUAAAGUGGUUCAUAUGUACAUGUAUACGUUUUUGUAUGAUUGAUGCUCAAAUACAGAAUGAUUUGAAGCCAA